AUGUCAUCUGCUACUACAUCUUCAUUUUCAACUUCAUCUAAUGCCAAUGGUGAAAAAACCAUUAACAAAAAGGGCAAUGUUGCAACCUUCCAAUCUAAUCCAUCUACCUAUCAAACUAAUUUAACUGCAAUUGAUACUUAUGGUAACACUUUCAAAGUUCCUGAUUACACUAUUAAAGACAUCUUGUCAGCUAUUCCUUCUCACUGUUAUGAACGUAGAUUGUUGGAAUCCUUAUACUAUGUUUUCAGAGACAUUUUCUGUAUGGUUGUUUUAGGAUUUAUCGCUAACAACUAUAUCCAAUUUUUACCAAACCAAUAUUUGAGAUUUGCUGCCUGGGCAGGUUAUAUCUGGUGUCAAGGUUUGUUUGGUACUGGUAUCUGGGUCUUGGCUCAUGAAUGUGGUCAUCAAGCUUUUAGUGAUUACGGAUGGGUUAACGAUUUGGUUGGCUGGAUCUUGCACUCCUACUUGUUGGUUCCAUACUUUUCUUGGAAAUAUUCUCACGGUAAGCAUCACAAGGCUACUGGUCAUCUUACCAGAGAUAUGGUUUUUGUUCCAAAGACUAAAGAACAAUUUUUGGCCAACAGAGGUGCCGAAGAUUUAGAUGACUUGUUGGGAGAUGCUCCAUUAUAUUCCUUGGGAACUUUGAUUUUCCAACAAACUUUUGGUUGGAUUUCUUACUUGGUUAGCAAUGUCAGUGGUCAAAAAUACCCAGGUCAAGGUUUGUUCUCCGUUAAUCAUUUCAACCCAAACUCUCCAAUCUUUGAAAAGAGAGAUUACUGGUUCAUCUUGUUGUCUGAUUUGGGUAUUCUUAUUCAAUUCACUGUCUUGUACACCUGGUACCAAAACUUUGGUUUGUUUAACUUUAUGGUUAACUACUUUCUUCCAUACCUUUUGGUUAACCACUGGUUAGUUUUCAUCACUUAUUUACAACAUUCUGAUCCACAAAUGCCACAUUACGAAGCUAGUCAAUGGACUUUUGCUCGUGGUGCUGCUGCUACUAUUGAUAGAGAAUUUGGAUUUGUUGGUAAACACAUUUUCCAUGAUAUCAUUGAAACUCACGUUUUACAUCAUUAUGUUUCAAGAAUUCCAUUCUACAAUGCUAGAGAAGCUAGUGAAUGUAUCAAGAAAGUCAUGGGUGAACACUACCAACAUUCUGAUGAAAAUAUGUGGGUUUCUUUAUGGAAAUCUGCUAGAUGGUGUCAAUUUGUUGAUGGUGACAAUGGUGUCAUGAUGUACAGAAAUAUCAAUGGUUUCGGUGUUGAUCCAAAAAAGAAAACCCAUUAA